AUGGCUUCCGCUGAUUCCCGAUCAGCCGAGGAUGAGGUCACGCAAGUACUCGGCGAUGAUCGGUUACGGCCAGUCGAAGGGCUUUACUCAAGUUUAGGCACGCGGGACAACCUGGUACGAAUUUCGAAUUUAACGCCGGAGAAGCUGCCUUUCAACGAGUGUGAUGACUACCCGUCUUCUUUCCCCGCCUCGAGCUAUGAGACAGUUGUACCAUGGAUGCCGCCCUCAGCGGCUCUCUCAACCCCGAGUCAUCCCCCAUGUUUCAAAAACAACACGCAGACGGGAGGGCGCUUAAGAGCUGGUGUCGUCUCUUCACCGGUCGCCCCUCGCUCGGACCACAAGGUCGCGGCACAUGUAGGAAUGUCGCCUGAACCUCCAUUAAGGGUGCCUUCAUUCCAUGGAAAGGACGCCAUCAAGCUCCGCCCUGAGCCACAGUCUCCACUGUCAGGACUGCCCCCCCUGUCGGGACUUUCUUUUGGCCUUAUGCCACAGGGCUCUUCGUGGCCUUCACUCAGUGCUCAAAGAGCAGCGCAUCCGUUAGAUUACCCCAAGCUUAGGCCCACGUGUGCGUCUGAUGAGACUGCGGCUCAGCCGACCACAGCAUCAGCGGGUGGCUGCAGCAGCACGAAUAUCUUUUCUGAAGAGCAGGUGGGGUCACACGGGCAUGGGCUCCCUACUCGAGGUACAGAUUCCUCGAGCCCUGUGCGAAAGCAAGCAAAACCUCGGGAGUGGGAAAAGUUCGAAUCUAGGGCGGCUUUGUCGUCCGAUGCGACUCGCUUCUCAUCUGUGCCUCCAAGCCCUUCCCUGCUGCAGCGCAGCAGAUUUGUCAAGGACCCUGCUUCAGGAGAAGUGACUGGCCGGUCAAAUGGGGAAAUACAAGUUUUAUGCCACAGACAUGAGGCCCGCGUUUCCGGUCUCCAUCAAAAGCCACCUAGCCUGGCUGACGUAGAGAUGACUUUGCAUGGCUUCGAUAUUGCACAGACACCGCCAGAACAUAAAGCGGACCUCUCGUAUUCAAACGAAUGUGACCCUGGGAGAUGGCUGACGCCAGCCGCUCAACUUCACAACUCGCAAACUGUAAAGCAGUGCCAUUCACAAUUGCCUCAGUUCUCUGGCAGCGAUACUCCUCAUAGUCUUGUACGCUUCCAUGCCCAUGGAGGGGAGCAUGCUUUCAGGCACGAGGCCACGGAUGACGACCCAGCCACCCGCAAGCGCCUACAACCGGCCCCGCUCCCUCCCCGCGGCAUCGCGCCACACGCAGGAGGAGCCCAUCUGGGUAUGCGUGAACAGCACGCCACGCGGACGUCCACGAGCGAGUCUCGGAUGCCUUCAGGUCUUCCUCGGGGGCGAGGGUUCCCUGGCUGUACUGCUGUUGUGGAGCUGGCGGGAAGCUCGCAACUAAUACGUCCGGUGUCUCCUGAACCAGACGUGCGCGCUAGACUACAGGCAGCGACAGGUGAUGGCAGUUCGCGGGAAAGCCUGCCUCUUGUACUGGAGCAACAAAUCAACCCUCGACCUCACACCAGCAGCCCGUCUAAGGCUCCUUGCUUGUCAGCCUCAGGGGGGCACUUCCCUGUGACUGCUGCUUCUGGAAACAAAGAGACAGGAAGGAAGGCAACACAGGGAACCUCGCAACAAAUGAACUGCGGACUACAGCACCAUCUCCUCAGCCGCAUAACGCACAGCACGUCACUGCACAGGCAUUUUCUCGAUGCGAUAUAUCGGCCUUCCUCAGGUUCAAACUUGCGAAGUCACCCGGCUUGGCUCGUGAGCCCUGUGUCUACGAACGAGGGAGCGGUCGCUGCCCUGACGGAUUCCGCCGCACCGAGUGCCUGUCAAGCCGCAAACGGCUCCUUCCAAACGGGCCUCGGGCAACCUGGGUUUUGGUCCCCAGGUGUUGAUACGCCCGCUUUGACGAUUGCAGCAAAUGUUCCUAUGUACUCAGAAGCCCGCCUGCCUCCGAGCCACGCACGUCGGGAGUAUUCUGGGGCCACACUGGGGAAGCAAUGUGGUCACACCGCAGCGCUUCCGCAAAUUGAUUCAGAGGCCCCGGUGUUGCCUAGCCACAACGAACAUCAGAUAUCAACUGGCCUUCGAGCGAGUGGCAUUCAGGCUCACGUAGUGCGAUGCUUCCCCUCAGAGAAAGCCACCAGCCACGGAAUGCAGCCAACGGGCACAAUCCACCACAGGAUCACGCAUGAAGCGCUUGAGUUAAUGGCCGAGCCUCAUGAUGGCGAACUUGACAACGCACUGGAAAGCCUUCUCACACAUAUUCCACACUCAACCUUGAUGUAUGAGAUGUGCGAAAUGACCUUUGAUUUCCGACAGGAGCGCCAGUGGAAGCAAUGCGUCGCUUUGGCUGUCGGCAGAGAGGCAGCUGGCCGAGCCCCCCAACGGCAGUUGAACAGUGGGCCUCACAAACACAUCGCAGCGGCGAGGCCUCCGCGGUGUGACCGCGGUGCUUCGACAUUGAAUGCGGAACCGUAUAUUAAACCACCGCAUGCGAGCAGGGAUCCCGACUGCACUGAUGAUCAAGCGUCUGCUCCGCUGCUGGCUGCCGAUACAAAACGGGCAGCCGAAGCAGAGGCGAGAGGCACAAGCUGCGGCACGAAAACUGGAGAGCACAAUGAGGUAUGGGAUGGUGGGUCCAUUAGUCUAGACUCAACCGAAAUAUCUAGCGGAGCCGUAGGGGCCGUCACCCAGGAAGGCCGUGCAGCCCAUGCGGAAACUGACAGCAACAAAACAACAGGUGAAGCAUCAACUGACACACAGAGAGCCAGCGACUGCAGAAUGGAGUUUUCUAAAACGGUGGCCUGCCGCGAAGGCGCACCCCAGAUGCACGAGUGUAGGCGGGAUGAUCCCGCCGUGUUGACACAAAAGUUGGCAGAGGCGCCCAAGGGAAGCGGCGACCAGCUGGGGUGUUUCAAUACCGGAGGACACUCUCUUCAUGUAUCCCGCGGUGCAUGUCAUCAGAGAAAGUGCGUCUUGCUUAAUACAAGUUCAGGAGGGCGCACCGUGGAAGGCCAACGUGUGCUGCGAGCUGGAUGCGAAAGCAUGAGCUGUAUUUGCUUGUCGGCCGCCGCGAGCGUACAGAACGUAAAACAAGGCGGAGCGUGUAUCCAUCUAUCAAACGCGGAAGGGCGGCCAAGCCGACAAAUUGAUUCCAGCCGCCUGAGAGAUGGCCCCGAGUGCUGCGUCGACGAGCCACACCGCGGUAUGCAGCAGCGCAAAGUCGAAUGCCGCCCGGGUCCCGACAGGAACCAUGCAACGGCGGCAGCGAGCGCCACGUCAGACGUAAGAGGGAGUUUGAUGGAAACAGAGCCUGCAAACUCCCAUGACGAGGGGAGACUCCACGUAGACGCGAUCGCAAGCGUGCCUCGCUCUUCAACGUCACUCCUCGGGCAGGGCGAAACCGAAGUGGGCGUCGGUUCGCUGGUGCAGAAAGACACCGACAAGCAGCAUCCUCAGUCUGAAAGAGACCGCGAAUUUAGUGGAAAGUCUCAGGUUCCUGCGCCCCACCCAGCCAACGAGUGUGUCGAAAUAAAUGGAAAUACCUCGCAUUGCCAGGAGGGAAUCGCAGGCGCGCACGCAGCAGAAAGGAGCUCCCUCGGAGAUGUGGAGCAGCGGCCAGACGCAAGCGAGAACGAGGGCGCCGCCGCAGCUGAGCAUCGAGUGGAAGACUGGAGCGGCGCGGCGACAGACAACAUUGCUAAAAGCAUAUCUGGCUCAAACGCAGAGACAAGCGCCACUGACCACGGGGACGAGGAAAAGCUAACGAACGCCAGAGAGGAUCCCAGCGCCGUGUUGCACUCUCCGAUGCCUGCAGGUUUCUCGCGCGGCCGCGCGGGUAUUCCCAAGUCAUCGCGACGCUCAAAACGAGGCUGCAGGGGCUUCCAGAUCUGCCGCGCGACUCGUGCCCCCGCUGUUGUCCCGGAUCCCAGUGACUCUCUGCUGUCGGCUCCGCAUUCGUGUGACCUCCGCGCAGCCGGGCUCGCCACUGCCAGCGGGAAAGGGCGCGGCAACUCUAGCGAGAGAUCUGAGAACGCGAAGAGGGAGCAUCUGGCGCUGUGCCACGGACCCGAAGCCGAUAUUCAGCGAAGGAAAGCAGCUACAGAAGCGUGGCUCGCCGAGCGAGAGCGUCGCCUGGAGACAAUCCUCAGGGCCUCGGUUAUCGACAACUCGAGCGGCGCGGUCGAGGACGGGCACGAUGGAUUGCCGAGAAGUGCCACCCCAGAAAAGGCCGUGUAUCUCGGCGUGUUUGAAAGCACAGAAACGGGCACCACUCACACACACACGACAGUCGAGAGGUCGCCAUGCGUGCCCAGGAAAAAGCCGUCGGAAACCAACUCUUCGCCUCCGAGCCAACGAGGAAGGGCCUACCGCAGUGCACUCAGAGACAACGCAUGGUGCCACAUUAUCGCAGAGAAGACUGAAUCUCAACCUGCGGACUGCGACGUCGAUGCAAACCCGCUAGCACUUCAUUCGUGCCGCCUAACCCUUUCCUCCGAGCUGCUUCCGCCGGCGGACCCUGCGCUGGUGGAGAGUACCGCGAGCCAGGGCGAGUUGCCUCGUUCUGCACCUGAGGCGCCUCCCCGGGAACGCAGAAAGGGGCACGCGAAGCUGAGGCAGGACAACGAAAGCGAAUAUGCAGAUACCCACACAAGACAGGAAGAUGGAAAGGAACUCGCAUUGCCAAGGGAGGGGCGGUGCGGGCUCCAAGAAGACCACUCGCCUCCGUGCGCCGCCGAUUCCUCCCGCGAGGUGUCUGGAAGGAUCGCGGAAGACGACCUCUCCCCACAGCAAAAGAGAACUUCUGGCGAAACCGGGAAACUGAGAGACACGGGUGGUCUGCCUGAACCAAGCCGACAAAAAAACCGGGGGGACGCAGAAGCGAGUCCACUAGACGACCAAAAAGAUGCUCGUCCUGCCGUCGAGUUGAAUGAACGCCCACAGCCUUUAGGGCUCAUGCUGCGAGGAAGAAGGCAUGAGCAACGUGGGCGCAGCCGAGGCUGCCCGAGGCGAAGUGUGCGAAGCGCCGUUGCCGCGGGCACAGAGGAGGGAGAAGGGAGCUGCCGCGCCGUGGAUGCAGCGAGCAGCCUGCCGGAGACAAGCGCGGGAGCUCUAUGGGCUGCGCGUGUGCAGCAGUCGAAACCAGAGGGUCAGCGACCUGAGGCGCAGCGCCAGACGAGCGGCGACGUGGCAGACGUCGACCAGCCCGAGGAGAGAAAUACAGACGACCAGGCACAGAUGAAAGCGCAGCUCGACUGCAGCGUUGUCGGCAAUAACGGAAGCACGCGACUCAACAAAGCGGAUGCGCAGGCGCCUGGAAGUGCCGGGGGGAGCCGAAACUGUGCUGCAGCUGACAAACGGCCGCCCACUCCCAGCCCCAGCGUCACCACUGCCUCAGGAAGUUGCACCUGGAGUUCACCGCGUAACGCAGGAGGCAGGCGACCGGAAGACGACAAGGAAACCAAGCGAGAAGACCGUGGCGACUCGGGACAGGCUCAAGGACGAGAGGUCAGCGGCGAUGGAAUAGGGGAGGCACCGACAAGUUCAGGCUAUAGAUCAGGAACAAAAGAGAGCGGUCAAACCAAGAGAGGAAGGCACACGCAUGCGGCUAAACACCGGACAGCAGACUGCUGUGACUCGGACUCUGAGGCACAAAAUACAGCAGUUCCGAGGUCGCCAGAAGAGCAAGGCCGAGACACACGACGGCCUCACAGAGCGGAUCAAGAUGCUCGAGGGAGGCCUUGCAGUUGCAGCAAGCGCGGCAUACAGAAAGAAGAAAGUGGCACAUCCGAUGGAGAAAAACCACUCACGCAAGCACAAGAACAACCCUAUGCCUCUGGCUUUCCGUCAGAGGAACCGGGCCCAAGGCGGAGAAAAAAGAGUCGACACGACCAUACCGUCCUCGGGUGCGCUGGAGACACAGAUCAUCGAGAAGUAGAAGAAAGGUCUGUGGAGAGCGCGGAGACGAACGGAAGCGCGGGUGCGGACAAGGCCUCCGUCCCCCCCUCGUGCAGCCUGCUUUCUUCCGCCGUUCAGUCCUUCUGGCUUGGCAUCGCACGAGAGGUUGCUCCGCACCUCCUUCCGUCGACGCUACGUCCGCUGUGCUUGCGGCUUCCGCCUGCCUUUUCCUCCUUUUCAGCUUCGAUGGCCAGACACUGCAAGAGCCGAGAGACGCAGUUGCUUCCUGCCUCCUUCUCGCUUGAAAAACGCGACCUGAACAGACUCAUUUCUCGGCUUCAGGCUUCGUCCGCAUUCGUUGGGGCAGGCACAACUCACGACGUGGUCUCGCAGGCUCCGCGGAAAGAACUGCCGCUUUCUGCACAUCUCGCCGACUCAUUCCCGCCGUCGGCCCUUUCUGCAGACAGCCACGUACAAGUUGGCGCUCGAAACGAGGGCCUGUUACAAUUACUCAACCCUUCUGCAUCACUUCCGCGGCCUGACAUUGAUGCGUCCUCCCGCUGCCCAGCGCCUCCGGCCUCCGGGCCUCGUGUCUCCUCUCCUCAAGCCUCUUAUUUGACUUGCUACGCGGCUGGAAGUCGCUGGUCUGCUGAGGCUCAGGAGUCUGGCGCAGCAGCUCGCGUGGCGAGUGGGGCUUGCGGUGCGAGUGUGGGCGCGCCCUUGAGCGGCGAGCUGACCGCUCUGACCGGCGCGCAGAAAGAUCUCAGAGGCUGCUGCAGCCCGCACACGCAAGCACGCUGCGAAGAUCCACACGGAGCAAAGGAGGGUCGCUUGCCGGCUGAGAAGGCUGAACGCGCAAACUGCGUGCGUGAGAGCGGGCGGGAACCGAAGCUGGAGCAUGCAAACGGAGGGAAGGCGAGCGGCGGCGCCGCGGAUAUGCUGGUGGCUGCUGAAGAAGCACACCUUGAGAACGAAGCCGCCAGCGGAGACGCAGGCCCGGAGAAGCACGAGCGAAUGGAGGAUGCUGAUACAGGGCCGGCAGGGCGAAUACUACUAUAUGAGGAAGAAAAGCUUUCGACUAGAUUGGAGCGACAUGUGAGACACAGCAGAGGCGAGGACAUGGACUCGACUUUCCUGCCUCGUGGUGACGAAACCCCAACACAGCGAGACAGGCUGAAAGUUCAUCGCACGCCUGGAAGUAUCUGCACUGGCAGGCCGGGCUCCUUGAAUGAUCAGAGUUGCCAGUGCAGCGCACGUGAGGGUGCCUCUUUGCCGCCUGAAGGACACCGCCCAAGCGGUGCGGAGGCAGGCGUGAACGCAAGUACCAUGGAACAGACUCCGCCGGUAGGCGCUUCCUCCACUCAGGACGCUAGUGCUUCCUCCUCUCUCUCUGGUGUCGCUCCUUCGCAUUCGGCGUGUGCCUCUCCCCUCCAGCCUCCGUUGACCGCGGAGUCAUUUCCCUCUUGUCGUCGUCGUGAAUGCCCACGGAGUUGUGCGUCUCCGCUCUGCCCUAGCCCACCCCCGGCUGAGCCGCCAGCUGAGGGCGUCGACUGGGUGCCCAGCCUCGACUGCCUGCCGUCUCUCAACGGGGAACAAGGAGAAAACGAAGAGGAAGGGAAAUGCCUAGCGCUUUCCCCGCUACAACUGCCAUCUCUGGGGCCUGAGACGAAAGCGACUGGCGGUCGGGACCCUCGCGAACCCCAGUGUCUCCCUCCUGCUCACUUUGAUCUUGCCAGCAGCACGAGUCUCCCGGCGGCCGCAGCUGGCCCCCCCCUGCAGGCCCAGGCAGGGCACGCGGUAGAAGGCCGCAUCGGAAGAAUCACUACUGAGGAAACCGAGAAAGAUUCAGCGAAACUGUCUCCCCCAUUCAACGCUUCUGUCUCCUCUGUUCCUAGCUCAAGCGAGCCCGGUGCUAUUGUCCAAAACAAAGCUCACGACGACACGGCCGUCGCGCCCGAAGAACAGGUUGACGCAGAUUCAGAAGCCUCGAGGACGCCGCGUCCGGCGUGCGCCUCGCCAGCUGACUUCCUGCGUCUUUCAACUUCAGACUGCGGAGUGCACUGUCUCAAGUUCUUCCUACGGGACGGCGUUUCAUCUGGCCUGUCUGUGGCGCUGGCCAUCAGAGAAAGCCGCGGUCACGAGAUGCCUUGCCGCGUGCGCUCCACCGCCGCACAGCCCCACGGCUCGCGCCGCUCUCCGUCGCUGCAGAGAGAGCACGGAGGACUCCAGGCAGACGACGACUCGCUCGCCAGAACUCUGCACGGUCCCAAAGAAGACUUCCUCCCUCCAGCAGGGGAGUCAUGCACCGGUGGGCUCUUGCGCGGGGGACUGUCGGGGGCCGAGAUCGCAAUAUCUGAAACUGAGUUCGCGCCGGAGAGCAGAGCUCGUCACUCCGAGACAGAGUCUCUGGCGCAGACAGUUGCUGGCUCGGCUCCAUGUGGGCCUGAGUCACUCCGCCGUAUGUCUCCGGUUCCCGCACCGGGAGAGGCGCGAAGGAAAGGCGAGGAGAAUGUCUCUCAAGAGGCAGCCUACGCAGGCGCUGAAGGUGCGUACGAUGCAGCCAGCGAUAAAGCCCCUGCUGAGUUUUUUACGGGGACUGGUCGAGGCGUCCACGCCGUUUCCUCAGCGUCUUCAGAAUCGCAUCUCCCGUCCCAGGCCUCAGUCGCGUCUUCUGAGUACGCCGGCCAGACCGCGACUGCCACCUGCUGCAGCCAUGAAGAUGCACAGCCGCGUGACGUAGAAGGAAGGGCCUUCGAGAGGGAGGACCAGCUGGUUGCACGUCCGGGUCCGCCAUCGUUUUCUCACAGGUCCCUCCCCUUCUUUUCAUGCUCUUCCUCCGCGGCAGGAUCUUGGGCUGCUUCGUCUGUGCCUCAUCCCUCACUUUCUCCGACAGUACGCUUUGCUCCUGCGUCUGCCACUCCACCGGCAUUGUCAUCGUCAUCGUCUGCUUCUCCUGGUUCGCAUCCCCCCGGCGCCAUGGUUCCCUCGACUUCGCCGCUUCCUCCGGCUGCAGUGCCCCAGCAGCAUACGUGUUUUUCGUCCCGCUCAUUCUCGGAGCACGCCCCGUCGAAUUCUCCGCCAGCGCCCUCCUCGCUCCCUUACGCAUCACCUGCCUCUCUGGCUUCGCCAGAUGCUCUUCCAGCUUCCUCGCUUCCAUCUGCCUCUACGUCGCAUGCGUCUUUAUCCGCUUCGCUGCGUGCGCCACCGGGUCCCUUCUCAGCUUAUCUCAGCGCCGCCUCAACGCCUGAAUUUCCUCUGCCGCCGAAUUCCAAUCGCCCGCUGCCCUCGGCCGCUUCGUCCCCCAUUCCCGGCCCUCCGUCGCCCUCUUUGCCGCCUCCGUCUGCGCCUUUUGUUGCGCAUCCAUCGCCUCCUGCGUUGCCUCCCUCACACGCGCACUCCGCCCCUUCUCCCUGCCGUACGUCGCUGCAGCAGCCCUGUGCGUUCGCGCCGCCUUCUUCCCCCGCCGGGCGCCACCUCUCUCGCCCCGGCGCGUAUUCCAGUGCCCCUGAACCUCCGUCCUCUGCGUCGGCUGCCAGCGCGUCGCCUGUGCCUACCGCUUCGCCUUCCCUGCAGCCGGCGCCCGCCAGAGAUUCGGGCGCGGAGAGGGCAGCGAGCGGCGGCGGUACGGCGCGGCUCUUUGACCUCGCCUCGCACUCGCACGCGGGCCGCCAGACUUCCAGGAAAUCGUCAUCGCGAGGCGACCGUAAACAGGGGUCUCACGGGGCAGCUGGCGCAGCGGCGAUAGGCGCGGGAGGCGCGACAAAGGCGGAGGAGGACCGGAAAAGACAGGCUCGGCGCCGGAGGCGAGGCAGGAAGCACAGGCCGAAGCGCGCGUCCUCUGUGUCUCGCAUUCAGACGAACUUGGGCGUCGAGCUGCGAACUCGCUGCAGGGCGCUCUUCCGCCAGCGCCUCGCUGAAGAGUACGCGUCCCGCCUGGAGCGAGAGCGUCGGCGGCUUUUCUCCAUCUUAAGUGUAACGCCUGGGCUGACGCAGCCGGCAACCCGAGGUCUGCAGCACGCGAGCGGAAUCGUGUGCAGCUCUCCAGCGCCGCACCCGCCCUCUCCCUGGUCCGCCGUUUCCUCGAGCUCCUCACUCUUCACUGUUGGCUCCACGUAUUCGUCGCCUCCAUCAAUGUCGCCUCUGCAACCCUCGGCGUGCUGGAGCUCAGGUCGCGGGGCAGCAGUCCGGCGCCCUUCCACGCCUUUCGCUUCCUCGCGACGCCUGGCCGCGUCUGUGUCUCAACUCUAUCCCGCGGUGCCAUGCAGUGUGGGAAAUGACGCGACUUCCAAGUCGCCUAACGCAGACGAUGCGCAGCCAGGCGACACGGCCGGCUCGCCAGACCCAGCGCGCAGCGCGCUGAAGGAGCCGGAGAGCGGAGGAACGGUUUACGCAGACAGGGUGAGCCGCUGGAGAGCAACGAGGAGGAAAGGCAGAACCCGCACGCAGCACAGCGAGGCGCGCCGCGUUGCCCAUGUAGACUCCGAAGCAAGUCAGGGAAAGGCCCUCGAGCAAGAGGCGGGCUUGACGACGGGGCUCGAGGGCCGCAGCACAGGUUGGCAGCGGCCGAAGAAGGACAACCAGCUCCUACACGAAGAGAAGGGGGAGGUUGGAGCACACACCACAGCCAGGCAGGUCGCUGGUACAGAGGGCGGGGUCGAUGGUGCGAAGAGCGAGGAACGGACGGCGGUCGGAGACGCAGGCCUUCCGCCGAAUGCCUCGCCGUCCUUGCGCCUUCGUCUCUGCGACUACUGGCUCAGCUUCGAGUGGCCGCAGCCUGAGGCCUGGGCCGCGCGCGGGGGGGACGGUGCAUGCCCUGGAAAUGGAGACUCAUCAGACCAUGUAGUCGUGCACGGCCGCGGCGAGACCGUGGAGGGAUCUGAAACACAAGCUGGUCGCGCCCGCGGAAACGCAGACACUCCGCGCGGGCAGCGGAAUCAAGCAGGCACUGCGCGUUUGGAAGACACCCCUCACGCGCGCGACGACGGAGCAGAGGAACAGGCACGCAGUGCGGCUCUGCCAACGGGCUACAGCACGUGCAAAGCGGAGAGACCCGAAAUGCCAGGAGACACCGCUGGAGUCCACGAGGCCCCUGAACAGCCAGUCAGAGGGGGGCUGGAGCUCGAAAGGAGAGGCAACCGCCCAGGGCACGAGGGAGCGAAACGAGCCAAAGGCAACGAUACCAGGUCUAACGAAGAGACGGACGCGUGUGCGCCAGUGUUGAAGCGCCUAGGAGAGGCAGCAAGGGAGCCGAUGACGAAGGAUGAAAGUGCACAGACUCCGCGAAGAACGAAUGAUGAAAAUGCGCCAAAGGAAAGGCACGAGAAGGCUAGCGUGGACGGAGAGGGACCACGACAAGAUGGCGCGCGUGUCAAAAUAUCCGCGCGUGGGGGGGGCAAAGCUCUGAAAGAGACGAAGGACACCGAGGACGCGACAAACGAACACGUCGGUUCACGAGUGAGCAGGAACGGUAACGACCCUGCAGAGGAGCAGAAACGGGAGGGGACCUCGCCGAAGACAGAGUCAGCAAAUGCAGAUGAGGAGUUUGCUGCUUCUCGCGCAGAGGAAGGGCUGCGUGGCAGGGCUGGUGGCGCCACCCAGACGCCCAACCGGCGAAUCAAAGCGGAAAGCAGAGACGAAGAACCGCGAAAGGGUAAGAAGGCCGAAAGAGAGAGAGAAUACGAAGGCAAGCCUGCGCCAGAGAGGAGAAGGCCGAAGCGCGAAGGGACCGAUGGCGCGGCACCCAGCGGCAAUGGGCGGCAGGCGAGGAGGACCUAUGGAAACAAACAGCCAAUGUGUGAAGACAGGAGCAUACCUCACCUGGUUUUCAGCGAUGAAGACGACGUCGAAGAUCGAGAAUGCGAAUACGAGCAAGGCCGCGCACGUGUUGGCGAGGAAUGCAAACUUGCCAAGGAAUUCAUCCGUCAGUCCCCCGAGGCUCCAAUCCCUGCGUUGCUAACAGCCCGAACCGAAGGCGGAGGAGAAACGCUGGAACGAGAUGGCAACCAAGAGGAGGGGAACAUGAAAAAAGACGACACUGAGGCGAAGCUAGCGUCAUCUUCCACAGAUCACCAGUGCGACAUCGAGGCUGAUUCACUGCCUCUUCGUGACGAGACAGCUCAGCACCUCCACGAGGGGAGCGGCGCCGAAUCACAGCCGAUGCCGCAUGAGAAGGAAGCUGGAGAUGGACCCGAAUGUAAGGAAUCACCGCGCACACCAUGCAGCAAAGAGACUCGCGAGGGUAGCCCCGCCGCAGCGCCAGACGCCUCCCGUUCGUUGGCUCAAUCAGCAGUCGACAUGCACGUCCCCGAAGGAACGAAAAUAGAGAGCACCGAAGCAAAAACUAAAGUCCAGCUCGCGUCCGGCACGCCCCAGGACGCCGCAGAAACGGCGGAAGAUGGUGCGGUGUUGUCUCGACCGGAGCCUCUCCGAGCGGAUGAAAGCGGCCCUCUGCCGGAUGCAAGCGCGUGCACGUCUCUGCCCUUCUCGCAUGUAGCCGCGUCUGCCUUUGACGCUCUCCUGGCGCGGUUCGCCCUGUCUCCGGAGGUGUGCGCCUCCUCUGCGGCAGCGGUCCGCGACACGCAGGCGACGGGCGAAGGCGCAGCGCCCACCGCCUGCGCAACAGACGCACAGAGCGCAGUCGGAGGCGAGCUAUCGCUGGUCGGCGGCCGGCGGGGGCCCUGCCUCUUUUCCGCUGACGCUGACUCCCCGUCUGGGUCCGCCUUUGGCUGCCGCUCUGCACUCGCAAACCCUGAGGGGUCGUUUGGGCGGCUGCCAUCUCCUCCACUUUCUGCUGCAUCCUGUUGCGAUUCCCCUGGGCAGUCCGCUGCGUCUUCUGCUUCGGGUGGCUCGCCUCGCGACCGGUCGCCUGUCAGUGCAGCAGAGACGCUCACGGAUUCACAGUCCCGCGGCGACGAGGCGACGCGGCUCGACGCGAGCUGCAGGAACAAACGGGCGCGCGGAGUGUCGCCGUCUGGCGGGGGGGGAUAUGGAGCCCCCGAGAGAAGUGACGCACAGGCGAAAAGGGCGCGAGCCGCUUCCGUGGCAGGCGCAGACACACCGCCGGGGGAGACACAGUGGCACGACGACUCCGCCGGACGCGGGCAGCAAGCAGCAAACAUCAUCGCGGACGCCGAGGCCAAAGGCAGAUGGACGCCGCACGCAGAGGCCGCGGCGUCGACUUCCCCCGCUCAGAAGGGCGACAACACUUUGCUGCACUCUGCGGCAGGUACCGAGACUGCGAAAAUAGAGCAUGGCAGCAAAGAGGGGGGAGCAAAUGAACCUUCAUUGUCGACUCACGCGCUGCCCGAGACGACGCAGAGGGUGCCCGCAUCGGCAGGUGACGACGCGAGAACGGAGGUAGAACGGGACGCCGACGCGAUUUCAGAGGGAUCUGAAGAAGGAAGGGAGAGAGGAGACGCUGAAGAAGCCAGACGAAGUCGUCUGGAGGGAAGCCAGAACGAAGUAGCAAUCACAAGAGGCAGAGAGGAGGUCGGGACGGAGGGCGGCACUGGAAAUGGUACCGAAAGACUGAAAACAGACGCGGCGGAGGAGGCAGAUCUCGCAACUCUCGCAGUCAGGCAGUCGCUUCUGAUCGAGGCACUGUUCUCGCGGAACCACAACGAAGCAGCGACCCGCGACAGUUUGACCCACACAGAUGCAUCUCUCAGUACGAGGGAAACCAGCAGCGGUCUUGAGACGUGGAUGUCCGGUUGCUGCGAAGAGCUCGAAUUGAUCCCGUUCCCCGAUGUCCGUUCUUCGUUCCUUCUGUCGCUAACCUUUCUCACGGCGAGGCGGAGACAACGCCGCGUGCAUGCGCUCCUGGUGAGAGGUCUCAAGGCGUUGGAAGAGACGCUCGACCGGCUGGGCGACCGGGGCCGGUGGGGGACUGGCGACUCCAGCGGAGACGAGGACGAGGACGAAGGCGAAAAACACAUCCGCAGAGGGGGCGAAGAGAGUGACCAGAAAGAGGAGGAUCGCGACGCGCACGCGGGCGAGUGCAGGUGCGUGAGAAGGGAGCGAGACGAGGCCGACGACGAAGAGCAGAGGCAAGACAGGAGGAAGCAUCAGCCUGCAGAGCGCACAGGGCCGAGCGACGAGGUCGCAGAGAGAGGGGCAAGGGAGGACAGCGACACGAGAGAGGACGAACAAUAA